CCUCCCUAAUAAGCCUUAGAUGUGUAUUUCCUUUAUUAUUAGAUACUACAACAAUCUCCCUUCUUGCUUUCCACAUAAGCCUUAGAUCUUCAACAAGUUUCCAGGAUAUGUGAUGAUCAAAAUUACAAUGGGAAAAAAUUAGUUAUGUUGAAUUGAUCAUGAAACUGCCUUAAAAUAUGAUCUUGUUGAACUAAUAACAAGUUAGUUUUUUUCAAUGCAGCCAUGGAUAAUUAUAUUGGCAAUAGGCCUGCCAGCAGGUAUGGCCUUUGCAUGUAUCCUUUUCAUGUCAUUAUAUGGGCAUUUGAGUAUGAAAUUGAAUUUAGAGGAAGCUCUUGGUAAAAGUAGGAGGAAUUCAAAUGGGAGCCUCAAAACAUUAAGAGAGAUUUACACUAAACCUAAUCUGAAACAGUGCAGUAGAGUUAGUAGCCCUUGGAGGAAAAGUUACAGUUACAGUCAUCGUUAUCCUCUACAGGGCUUCUGUUGGAAUAAUCAUCCUUCAUUAGUUUCAGAGGCAAUUGAGCAUGGGUGGAUCACAUUUGGAUUCAUCAAAACAUGCACUCCUUCAUUUCCCAGCAAUUUGUGGGGUCUCUAUAACAGGUUUUCUUACAGAGGAGGAGUUGAACCUGAAAUCAGCUGGGAAAUGGGAUCAAGGGUUACUUGCCUGCAGAAAAUUAGAUUGAAUCCAGGAAUAAACACUGUGAAAAACAUAAAUUUGUUGUUGCCUGUUCAGUCUGUGCAGGCUGCAUUGCCUCUCCCAGGACCACAAUCUUUUCCCCAGGUGGCCUAUUUUGAAAUUACAAUCUUGGCAGAGGAUGGAGAACAAGCUGGGAAUUUGUUUUGUUCCAAGAAUUUUGGUGAUGAUUUUGAGGUUAAAUUAUUAAAACAGUUCUCCAAUUCGGAGAUCCAUUUGCAGCAUAUGAGCUCUGAAAUGAGAUCCACAACAUUAAGUCCCAAUUGUAAAGAAGAUGUUGAGGUGCAGAAUCCCAGAAACAGUUUAAAGAGCAACCAUUUUCAAUUCAAUAGUAUGGAACAUGUGGGAAUUCCUAAGGUUAUAUCUGUGGGGCUUGCAGUUGGAGGCACUGCUCUAUAUCGGCUACCAGGUUGUGAGCAAGGGUCUGUUGGGUUUCAUUCCACUGGAUUUGUAUUUCUAAACGGAAUGGUUCAUCUGGAUGGCGAUCAAAAACAAGAUAAACCAGCUUCUGCAAAUCGGGCUUGGGGUGGUGUAAACACUGUCAUUGGAUGUGGUUUUGAUCCAGCAAACAGGAAAGUCUUUUACACAUUGAACAGUGAGCAAAUUUACUCUCUAACCUGCAACUCAGAUGAAUUCAACAAUCCUCUGUAUCCAACAAUUGCAGCCAACUAUGAUGUGACUGUAUUAGUAAAUUUGGGGCAGAUCCCAUUCAAAUUUUUGGCAGCCAAUGAACAAAGGGUGGCUGAUCCAUGUUUCAGAAGACUUCUCCCCAGCAAUCGGGUAAACCAUCUAUCAUCAACAUCUUUUUGUGAGGACAGUAGUGAUCUUUUCUCCAUGAGAAUUGAUGAAAAUAUAAGGUGUUUCACUUCACAUCUGCAAGACAACCACCAUCUAUCUUUUCAGAAUGACUCGGACUUGUUUGAAAUCUCCCUUGAUUGAG